AUGUCACAAUUUAGAGCCAAGCGUCUGGAUAUUGGCGGCUUUAUCAACGCCCGCAUCAUCCGUGAUCAUACCAAGCGCAAGGUUUUCGAACAGUAUGAGCCGGAACGACAGGCGCUCCGCUACAUAAUCCGCAACACUACCCUCCCUCAACGUGUCCGCGCACAAGCCCAACUCCAACUCUCCCAGAUGCACGCCUAUACCCGGUCAACGCAGAUCAAGAACAGAUGUGUGGCUGGUGGAAUAGCAAGGAGUGUUUCCCGGGAUUUUAGGAUUGCAAGGUACCAAUUCCGACAACAAGCUCUAGCCGGUGAAUUACCUGGUGUAAGAAAAGCUAGUUGGUAA